UUUUUGUAAAAAUGGAUGAAAGACUCACAUCAUGCUUGUUUACCUAGUAAACGUAUCCCUUUGGGAGCUGAGAAGAAAUAAAAAUACUCUUCUGGGACCUGAUUUCUUCAUGUUUUUCUUUGGCCUGUGCAUUCAAUGCAGACUGAAGAGCACUGCAGACAGAUCAUAGGAGCAAAAUGGAUGAACCCUCCACCUAACAUACAGCUCCACUUUCUGGAAUGCUAAGUGGAAAAGAGGAAUUCUUCCAGCAUGAAAUCCAGUGCUUACCAACAAUCUGAACGCCUAUACAAACUAGGAUGAGAAGACAGUAUCUGGAAAAUAAAAGAUGAACCCACUUGAUGCAACAAAAUCAGGAUUUUUAGUGUGCAUUGCUGUCUGUAUGUUCAUCCUCACUUUUACCUACCUAAAGGAUACAAUUUUCACAGAGCCAAAUGAACAAAAAUUGAAUGCAAAUAUAGCAGAGUGUGGUUUUUACCCAGAUGAACUUUGUUCAGCUCUUUUUGUGGGGAAAACUGCUGCCUUUAAAAUUGGAAACUUCUGUCAGAAUACCUACCAACCUAAACCACUCAGCUGCAUUCAGACUUCAUGCAACUGCUCCAUGGUUUUGAAGACUCUGCAUUUUAUCACCAGACCACUAUCAGAUGAAGAAGGAAAUUUCUCACUGGCAUACAUUAUCACAAUUCACAAGGAGCUGGAAAUGUUUGUAAAGCUUCUAAGAGCUAUCUAUAUGCCUCAGAAUGUUUACUGCAUACAUGUGGAUGCAAAGUCACCCAAAGAUUAUAAGGCUGCUGUACAAAACAUUGUUAAUUGCUUUAAAAAUAUCUUUAUUUCUUCAAAAAGAGAAAAUGUUGUUUAUGCAGGAUUUUCAAGAUUACAAGCUGAUAUUAAUUGCAUGAGAGAUCUAGUGCGUUCCAAAGUUCAGUGGAAUUAUGUUAUUAAUUUAUGUGGUCAAGAUUAUCCCAUUAAAACAAACAAAGAUAUUAUACGAUACAUCAAAAGUAAAUGGAAUGGUAAAAAUAUGACUCCUGGGGUGGUGCAACCACUUCACAUGAAACACAGGACACAGGUUAGUUACAGAGAAUAUAUACGUUCUGGAGUGUCGUACGUGUAUCCAACAAAGAAUAUAAAAGCUAAGCCUCCAUAUAACUUGACAAUAUAUUUUGGUAGUGCUUAUUACAUACUCACUAAAGAAUUUGUAGAGUUUACAUUGACUGAUGCACGUGCAAAAGAUUUGCUUGAAUGGUCAAGAGACACGUACAGCCCGGAUGAACACUACUGGGUCACACUGAAUCGUUUAAAUGAUGCUCCAGGGGCUACACCCAAUGCAGACUGGGAAGGAAACAUACGAGCCAUUAAAUGGAAAGAUCAAGAUGGAACCACACAUAAAGGCUGCAAAGGUCAUUACAUCAGAGACAUUUGUGUUUACGGACUAGGGGAUUUGCAGUGGAUUAUUGAGUCACCUCAUUUGUUUGCCAACAAAUUUGAGCCUGCAAGAUACCCACUUGUUACAGAGUGCCUGGAGCGGCGGUUCCGGCUGAAGGUGCUGCACCAGGCAGAGGUGCCGGUCGAAGAUCACUGGCGUUUUCAGGAAGAGAACUAUUUCAACAUGAAGCUGAAUGUUUGA